AUGAAUUAAAUAUUAAUAUAUAUUAACAAUUGGAUGCAAAAUAUAGAGGAACUUUCCCUACACAUAAAAUAGUUUAUCUUUAGGAUCGUUAGAUUAAAGUAGGUAUUAUUGGUCUUACAACUAAUGAAACUUAUAGUUCUUCAUCUAAGCCACCAUUAGAUAUGGAUAUAUCUGCCGAUUAUGCUAAUAUUAUAAAUAAUUUAAGUCAAAGAUUAAGAAAUACAGAUUAAGUUCAUGUAGUAAUAGUAGUAUCUCAUGUAGGAAUUAUGUGUUUCCCAGAUGACUUUAAAGAAUUCAAAACCUAUAAAGUAAGAACUGAAGAUGACCCUAUUAAUUCAUAAAUAAAGUGUAAUCAAAAAGAAAUUGCGUAAAUAAUUUAAUUAAUUCCUAAAGGAACUGUUGAUGCUUGGGUAGCAGGACAUGUCCAUGAUACAGUACAUAAUUUUAUAAAUGGAAUUCCUAUUAUACAGAAUCCAAAUGGGGGAAAAUUCACUAAUGUAAUAAAAUUAUAAAUAUAAAAAGAUGCUGAUGGAAGUGUAAAAGUAUUAAGAAACAAAACUGAGAUUUGGGGUCCUAUUCCUUUAUGUGAUAAAGUAUUUGAAUAAACUAAUUAAUGCGAAUUUUUACCUAAAGAUGACAAUUUAUAAAUGA